CGCUCCUUCACAGCGUCAUCAAGCUAACGGAAUUGUUGUUGUUCUGGUCGUGCGAACUUUUACAAACUGCACCUUUAACACACAUGACGAUUUGAAAAUCCCGGAUGUGUGCCAGGGUACUUUUAUUACGUUUUUCAUUUGGGCACGUGUCAAAUGCAUACUCCAGCUCCGGUUACAGACUCAUUCACUUCCUGUUAACUUUCCGUCGCUAUGGCAAUCCCUUCAAGCUGCCUGUGCUCUGUACCUUUUUUGGCUGUCCUGUAGCUAUUUUCCAAGAAUGGACGAGAUUAAAAAGAGAUUAAACAGCAUUACAGAUGAAGCUGAAGAUGAUCUUAUUUUAAAAGAGAUUGAAGAAAUAAAUCGGUUUAAUGUAUCAAACCAAUUGAGGUCAGGAUUUUUUGGACAAGAUGCCAGCGUCCAAACAGAAGAGUCAGACCUGCCAAAUGUAAAGCUUCUUGCUGCUAACACUGCAGAGCUAUUGAAGGAAGUGCAGGUUCUGAGGGAAGACACCGAAAAGAAACUGAAAAUAAUACAUGUUCAGUAUGAGACCAAACUUCAGCAAGAGGCUGACGUCCUGUACACAAGAAUGAAUGAAAAAGUCACGAGUUUGGAAGACUGUCACAAAGAGAAAUUAUCUGUUCUUCGGAGAAGCUAUCAGCAGCAGCUAUCUGAUGCACUGCAGGUGGUCAAAUCCAGCUAUAAGAAAAGUAACAGAAAUCUGGAAGAGACAGCUUUGUUUUCUGACUCAACUGAUGGACGAGUAAAGGAACUUUUAGAAGAGCUUGAGGAGAAGAACCUGAAAAUUCAAUGUAUGACUGAACAGAAAAAUGAGAUCGACCCGGAGGGAGCGGCGGACACAGAGAAAAACAGACUCAAGUCAGAGAAUGAAAAGCUGAAAGAUAAGAUCGACUCGCUGCACGUCGAAGUGGAAGAAAUUCGACAGAGCCUGGAAUCCAAAGAACAGACGCUGGCCGUGGAACUGGCAAUGGUCAAAUUAGAGGCUGAAAACAGCAAAAAGGCACUUCAGAAGUUAACCAGUGAACAUGAACAAGUGAAAAUACAGUUAAGAUCAGAGAGAGAAAAUGGCCAGAAAAAGAUGAAACAGUUUAAAGAGGAAAUGGAGAAAGAUCUUGCACAGGUUGAGGCUUCACACAUGAAGGAGAAAGCAGCUAUUGAAAGGAAAUUUAAGGAGGCGAAGUCAGCAGAACCCGCAAGCAUGGAGCUUGUUGGGAAUACAGAGCUGGUUCAAACACUAAAAGAACUAAGAAAGACAGAGGAAGGGCAGAAAAGGGAGAUUGAAAGGCUCAAUAAGCAGUUGUGCACUUCCAAUCAGGUGUGGGAAAAGAAGUUUGAGAUUUUAAGACAGAGUUUUCACGCCAUCAAGGACGAGAUGUUCUUAAGGCAGUCGCUCCAGCGGCAGGAGGCGAUACUUCACAACCCCUCAGUCAGCUUUGCGAUGGAUGUUCCUUGUGCACCACUGCAAAAGAGUGACAGUAAUUUAAAACGGUUGGGCUCCACUAGUGUAGCUCCAUUGCCACGUAUAGGUGCUGGAGGCCAGCAGAAAAAGAACAGGACGAUUGGGACAAUGGACCUAUGCCUGCAGACUGAGAGACCUGCUUUCACCACCUCAGAUUCACUGUUGGUCGUUGCAGAUGAAAAGAAUGAAGAAUAGACCCGGACCUUCCUCUUACCUUUUUAACCAGGCAACUACUGUUUAUAUUUGUGCUGUCCUUACUUGAUGAUGAUAUCAUGUCCUUCAGUAUACUGUAAAAAGAUGCUUUUUUCUUUUAUCCGAAAAAAGUCUAAGGUCGGUUUCAAAAACAAGGCUUGCCACUGUAAAUCCAAAUGCUAAAAAUAAUCAAACUGAUUAAGUAAUGUAAACAUAAUUUAAUGAAAUUUAAUGUUUAAUGUUCCUGAAACAUGAUUUUUACAUAUUUUUUAUGAUUUUUAAGUUCUGUCUACUUAAUUUCAGGAGAAUGAUGAAUUAAAUAUUUAAGUCACACUUACUAAGAACUUAUAUUUAAAAUUUAAUCAAAUGUAAAAGUUUGCUUUAUUAAACCAAGAACCCCUAAAACUCAAAAAACUUCAUUUUUUUGAGUAUUGGCAAUUUAUCCGGGGUUACAAUUAAGCCUUAAACCAGGACUAAGCCUUAGAUAGAUUAUGAUAUUUUUGUCUCUUUUAAUAAAAUGCCUAAGAAAUAACAUUACUUGUGAGCAUCUUGAGACAAAAGAAUGAUUAUUAUUUCAUACAUCGGAACAAGAGGAAGUUAAGUUUGUCAGUGAAGAUAUCACGGCUUACUGUUUAGCCUGUUUGGCUUGGUUUCAAGCAAUGAGAAUAGAAAACUUCAAAUGUCUGUAAGUAAAUGCAUUAGAUUUCUCCCAUAGUGAAGCCACACAGAGCUCCCAUUAAGAAAAACAAAAGCUAUCGUGACUUUAACUGACUGUAAUUGACUGGGCUUUGAAUGGACUCAGUCUAAUGCACCUCUUAAGCCUGAAUGCUGUUGGAGAGGUGUAGACAUGAGUAACUGUAUGCAUUCUUCUGCCACAGUAAAGAGCGCUCCAAGAAUAGUCUUUAGCUUUCCGCAUGCCGCAUACGGCACAAAACCAGCGGAAUGCAAAGCUUUGGAGGCGAUCUCAAUAGCUGUGCAGCUGAACAAUAAGAUCUUGGCUCUCAAACCCAUUUCGGUCUUUAGUCUUGCUCUGCCCCCAUCUCUUUCUUUAUUUCACAGCUUUACAUGUACAGAAAAAUCUUUGACAGAAAUUGUAAUCUGAAUUUGGAAGAUAUUGAAUAGAAGUUUCAAAUGAGUUAUAUUUCUUUAAGAAAGUAUGAAUUUAUUAUUGGAACUUAUUGGAAAGUUUCAAAGCUAUAAAGGCGGAGGGAUUCGGCUGGUGAGAUGUCGUCAAACUAUAACAUUCUGUAUAAACGCCGUCCCUCUGUGAAAAACCCCUGCAGAGUUUUUCUCCAAACUCUGGUCUCAGCAGACCCCACUGACCCACAGGGACAAGCUUAGAAUCAAUUACC